AUGGCGGAUGGCGAGCGUGUUUUCUCGAAGACAGAGCUCUAUAACCAGCCAUUUCCCUGGACGAUCAUCUCUGGCCAGGUCCUUGAGCUCGGGGAGUUCAUCCCACGCCAUCCAGGCGGUGCGCUUAUCCGCCGUGCAAUCGGUGAAGAUGCAACGGACCUCUUCCUCUCGCACCAUGCUCCCUCCAGCCGCGCUGCCGAAGUCCUGCAACGCUACCGAAUCGGCCGGCUAGAUGGGCGAGAGGCAGUCGAUAUCCCCGAGCUCUGGAAAAGAAGGCCGCUGCAGAAGAUCAUUUGGGAGCGGCUGCGAAGCGCGGGGGUCGACCUCCGAGCAACAGUGCCUGUCGCGGAAGGACUUGCCUUCCUUAUGCUGGGCAUCUUCCUGCUGUGGGCGUGGCUGUGCUACGUUCGCGGUUGGUGGCGGUUGGACAUUGCUCUCGCGUGGUUUUGGUGGCGGCAUUUGGAUGCCGGGCUACAUGCUUCGAUGCACGGCGACUUCAGAUACAGCUGCUGGUCGCAGAAGGUGUUGCGCCGCGUGUAUGGCCUGCUGUCACACCGGGCGGUGGAGUACUACUGCGGCGCACGCGAGCUGAAAGGGAUGGGUAUGAGCAAGCAUUGGUGGCACCACGUGUUUCCCAACGACCCAGGCCGUGAUCCGGACUGGAGCACCAUGACUGGUGUUGCUUGGGUCAGGCGCCACCGAAGCGCUCAGUGGCACCCAUGUCACCUGUGGCAGUGCUGGUACUGGCUGCCCAUCGCCACGCUCGUGGAACCAGUGUUGGAGCUGCUCCAGGUGGCUUGCUCGGGGCUGGAGGCUGUGGCUGCUGUGCUCGAGCCCCCACUGGCCGGCGACCUUUUGCCUCGCCUGCUACACGCAGCAGGGCUAUGGCUUGAGAUCUGCAUCAAUCCUGGCUUCCAGCUGGCAUCUUUCUUGGUCCAGCCCUUCUGGAAGGCUCUCCGGACCUUGCUGCUGGCCCGUGCCGUGUCCCGCUUGGUGCUCUAUCCAUUCUCCGAGGUGCAGCACUACAUGCCUGAGCACAUUGACCUGCAGGACAAGGGGGAAGAGUGGGUCGUCGGCCAGCUGCGGCGAACCGCCAACCUCAGGUUCCUCUCAUGGCCUGUGUGGCUGCUGGACUUCCUCAUGUUCCAUGGGGACAGCCAUCAGAUCGAGCACCACCUUUGGCCAGCCAUGAGCUUUGUCCAAUACCACCGGGCCUCCCGUGUGGUGAAAACCACCUGUGCCGAUCUGGGUCUGCCGUACCACAGUGUUGGCUAUUGGGAUGGGUACCGGAAGAUCUUGGGUCAGAUUUCGGAGCACGCCGCGCCCGGCACCCCCGGCGGCGGUCGAGCGGGGCUGCGGAAGCGCUACCUCUCCGACACAGCUGCAUCUCCUGACAGCAACCGACUGGCCGAGGAGCCUGACUUGACCAUCCGACCGGAGUUCCCUCGGAGGACUCGCCGGAGGACGACCGGCUCCAGUUCCAGUGCCUCCGACGCGGGCUGA